AUGCUUGAUGGGGAAGUCGUCGCAAAUGAAUUAGGGGAUUACUUAACAAAGGAAGGAAAAGAGUGUCUCCUUUUCAAAGUGGACUUCGAAAAGGCUUACGAUAAGGUUAGUUGGAACUUUCUUAGAUAUAUGAUGAGGAGGAUGGGUUUGGGGAAUGUUUGGAUGAAUUGGAUGAAGGCUUUGAUUUUCUCAAGAAAAAUGUCGGUUCUAACAAACGGUAGUCCUUCGAAGGAAUUUGUGGUGGAAAGGGGAUUACACCAAGGAGAUCCUAUUUCCCCUUUUAUUUUUGUCAUAGUAGUGGAAGGUUUAAAUCUUUUGAUAAAAAAGGCGGUGGAAAAUGGUGAUUUCGCGGGGUGUAACGUAAAUAGUAGAUGCGUUGUGGACAUUUUACAAUUUGCGGAUGACACGUUGUUGACAGGCGAUGGGAGUUGGAAACAUCUUUGGGCCAUUAAGGCGGUCUUGAGAGGUUUUGAGUUGGUAUCGGGUCUUAGUAUUAACUUCCAAAAGAGUAAACUUAUUGGUUUGAAUAUUAAUCCGCAAUUCUUGAAUAUGGCUACAUCUUUUGUUUCUUGCAAGGAGGAAUAA